AUGGACCUUCUCACCGUCCCAUGUAAUUUGCUGAUCAGUAGACAGUGGGUGUCUGGCAAUGCUCUUCCACAACCGUUCCUUAAAAAAAUAAUGGAUGAUACCAGAGGAAACAUUAUAAAGGGUGACACUGUUACUGUAAAAUGUGUGACUGGGUCUCGUACUGCAGACAAGUUUUUCUUGAUUCACAAAAAGGAAAAUGGUCAAAAUGAGACUCUAGAGGGAAGUAGUGGAGAAUUCCUCUUCCAGAACAUCAACAGUGAAAAAGAUGGGGACUACUUCUGUAAAUACUGUGAGCAAACCUCCUGCUCAGCAUUUAGCACACCUUUAAAUGUGUAUGUUCAAGAAAAGUUUCCAAGGCCCUCUAUACAUGUUAGUCCACGGAGAGUUGUCCACCCAGGAGCAGCUAUAAAAAUAACUUGUGAAACCCACCGUUCAAAUAUUACAUUUACGUUACUAAAAAAUAAUGUUCCUAUCCAGAUCUCUGAUAGUGGAAAAACAUUGUCGUAUAUAAUAAACGAAGCCAAAGAUGAAAACAAUGGAUAUUAUUCAUGCACAUAUGAAAGCAAAAAUGGAAGCUCAGUUCAUCUCGUAUCUGCAAAAAGUAAUCCAAUGAAGAUAACAGUUCUAGGAUUGCCAUCUCCUGCAAUGACUUGUGAAGAAGAUCCCAAUGACAGCAGAAAGUUCAUAAUCAACUGCACAGUACCCAGCAAUCAAAAAUAUAAAAGGUUGGAUGUUAAGUUACUAAAUGGCAGCAAGAUAACCGAAAAUUCAAAAGACUUUGUAAAAGAUACUACUGUGACAUUUACUGUGGCCAAACCUCAGUAUGUUGCAAAGAAAUAUUUUUGUAUGUAUCAGAUCACAAAUGACUUUGUGGACACUGAAGAUUCUUUUUACAGUAAUGAAAUACAGCUGUGGGAAGAUGGAAAUAAUGGGGUAUUUAACCAUCAAAAAGAGAAAUGUUUCCUUAUUGAUGUUUCCCUCGUCUAA